CGUUAUCCUAAAUAUGUUAUAGAUUGUUCUCCCUCUGCUCCAAUGCGCCCUGUCGCCACCCCUUUUCGUGCAUCCUCUCGUUCGAAUGGAGGGCCUCAAUUUGCCUCGACCCCUCGGUUCUUCGUCUCACAGAGGACCCCCGCAUCGCAGCAGAUAACUAAGGAUGUAGACUCAAUCGAAGAGGAUGACACCCAGGAUACUCCAAUCCCAACCGCCCGCUUUCUCAAGCGCGAUAGGUGGAUCAGCUCAACACCUCGCCAGAAAGAAACCAUUGAAGAUUCCGACGAUGCGGACCACCUCGAUGAAGAACCCUCCGUUCCCUCUAGGAAUAUCAUCUCUGAUGACGGAGAAGCGCCAGGCAGCUCCCCUGGGCCCUCAGAAAACCAAACUUCCGAAUUCGAGGACCUCUUCGCAAGCAUACAAGACCGCAAGAAACGACGCCGAGUCUCCAUAGACAACGACCUCCCCUCAGCCCAACCACCACCAACAGGACCAGACACAGAGUGGAUCGUGUCAUCGUCGCAGGAUCUCUCCCUAUCUCCACCGCCGCAAACGCAAUCACCAAUACCAUUGACUCAUAAGAAAACUCCGAUGCAGAAACAGCCCCCUCCAGUAACGACACAGCAUACCCCAGUAGCCACAACAACACCACAGCCCUCAGCGCCGGAAAGCGCGAACCCUCCAUCCGCGCGCAACCCCCGUCGAUUCCUUUUCUCAGCCUCCCACCUACCACCGACCACACAACCCCAGUCAAGUAGCAGACCGUGGGUAUUAACAUCGACGCAAGAACCACCCUCGUCACAACGACGCAAGCCGCCAGCAUUCGUGCUACCCCGCUCACCAUCGCCUUCACACACAGACGAUGAACUGGCUGCCCUCCCGACCCUGUUCUCACCAUCCCGUCGUGCGCUGCGCCGACGUGGUCGUGCUCCCGAUCCCGCUCACACGUAUCUCCCGGACGGCAUGGCUGCUGAAGUGCGCAGCUGGGUUUUAGAGACUGGUACCCGACACGAGCAGCAGCGACAGGCGGGUGUUGCCAGGCGCGCGGGAGCAGUGAUUCAGAUCGAUCAUGUGCAUCAAUCUUCGCUUCCGAGCUGUGGUCCCCUCGCGUUUGUGUGUGGCCAUAAGCCAGAUGCCCACGACGAGGAGGCAGACUGGGAACCAAAUACGCGUUCUCGAAAAUUACUUCUCAUUGGUCCACCUCGAUCUCGACCUGAGACGGUAUUGCAAGCUCGGCGGAAUGCAAUUUCAGCGCCCGAGCUUCGCCCUGGAAGUGCUGUCGGCAUUUGUCCGGGAUUGACCUGGGACAUUGAUCUAGGAGAGACUGGCUUGGAAUCGGGAACAGAUGACAAGCCAGCCGAACCCGUUGCGCUGCAGAUAUCGGGAAAGUGGACCGUUGUCCUAGAAUGGGAGCUGGUCUCAAAUGUAGACGGUCGCGACAGUGCAUAAACUAGAUACCCUACUUGCAUGACAUAAUAUAAC